ACUAAAACUAUAUAUAAAGUUACCCCAAGAGGUUGCAUCUGACCAGAUACAUGCUUGUUCGCCUAUUCCUUAACUUUAUCUAUUUUUGUGGAUCUUUUAACCGAGCAGCAGAUCAAAAUGGCAAGCGUUGAAGUGAGAAGCCCUUAUGUUUCCUACACAGCUGAUUUCAUCCAAUCCAAAUACGAGUACCAGUCUACUAAAGUGGACACGGACUCGACAGGAAAAAUCACCGCCACACCCGUCUCUACCCAGUAUCUGUUUCGAACACACAGAAAGGUUCCAAAACUGGGUGUGAUGUUGGUUGGUUGGGGCGGUAACAACGGAACUACAGUGACGGCGGCCAUCUUGGCCAAUAAGCACAAGAUGGAGUGGCCUACAAAAGAAGGACUUAACAGAGCGAAUUACUUUGGUUCCAUCACUCAGGCUAGUACGGUGUUACUAGGAACCGGUCCACAGGGUGAAGUUUACGUACCUAUGAAGUCCCUGUUACCCAUGGUUGACCCAAACGAUAUUGUUUUAGAUGGAUGGGACAUUUCCUCAAAGAAUUUGGCAGAUGCCAUGGAGAGAGCAAGAGUUCUGGACUACAAUCUACAAACUCAACUGAAACCAUACAUGGAGGAUUUCAAGCCCCGCCCGUCAAUAUAUAUCCCAGAAUUCAUAGCUGCUAAUCAGGCAGAGCGGGCCGACAAUGUAUUAACUGGUACCAAGCAAGAAAUGAUGACAAAAAUCCGAGAGGACAUCAGAGAAUUCAAGAAAUCGAGUUCUGUUGACAAAGUCAUCGUCUUGUGGACCGCAAACACGGAGAGGUUUUCCGAAGUAAUACCAGGUGUCAAUGAUACGUCAGAAACCUUGAUUAAAAGUAUUCGGGAAAAUGAGAGCGAGGUUUCGCCUUCAACUUUGUUUGCAGUUGCAUCCAUUCUGGAAGGUGUAACCUUCAUUAACGGAUCUCCUCAGAAUACGUUUGUACCAGGUUGUUUGGAACUGGCCGAAAGAAAAGGGGUCUUCAUUGGAGGUGACGAUUUUAAAUCGGGACAAACAAAAUUGAAGUCUGUCCUGGUGGACUUUCUUGUUAGCGCGGGGAUCAAACCUAGGUCUAUCGUCAGUUACAACCACCUGGGAAACAACGACGGGAAAAACUUGUCUGCUCCUCAAACCUUCCGCUCAAAAGAGAUUUCCAAAAGUAAUGUAGUGGACGAUAUGGUUGAAUCCAACAAUAUUUUAUAUGAUAAAAGGGAAACUCCGGAUCAUUGUGUCGUCAUCAAAUACGUGCCGCACGUGGGGGACAGUAAGCGGGCUAUGGACGAGUACACCUCGGAGAUCAUGAUGGGUGGAACCAACACGAUCGUAAUCCACAACACGUGUGAGGACUCCCUGCUAGCCAGUCCUCUUAUCAUUGACCUAAUAGUGCUGGCGGAGCUCUGCGAGAGAAUCCAAUACAAAGUCGAAAACGAGGCUCACUUUCAGAAGUUUAACUCUGUAUUAUCCAUACUGAGUUACCUAUGUAAAGCCCCUUUGGUUCCCAGAAGAACCCCCGUCAUAAACGCGUUAUUCCGACAGCGGUGUUGUAUUGAGAAUAUCCUGAGAGCUUGUAUUGGACUAGCUCCUAUCAAUCACAUGCUAUUGGAGUAUAAAUUACAACAACAAGAAAUGAUUGUUCCUACCAAGAGUGCAAAGCCAACCAUAGACUCCAGCAAGGACCAAAUUAUUUGUAAGAACAGCGACAGUAGUGAUGAUACUGAUUGUGAGAAAUAGCAAGAUACUCAGAUUAAACAAUUUAUAUUUUGCUGACUUGUCUUUCAAAAAAGUCCUUUUUGGGAGGUGUGAGCAAUUCUAAGCAUUUGAAGUUGAUGCUCAAUAAUUUCUCGGUGAAAGAUAUACUCCGUAAAUUCCCUGUAAAUUCCCUAUCACAAGAUGAAACUGCUCCAUUCAGUAAGCUAAACUGUUAUCAGAAGGCAAAUGGCAUUCAAUGAAGUUUCAGUGAACUGAAUAGUCUACAUGUAGUUUCAUCCUGUUUGAUAGUGUGUUUACUAUGUGAAGAUACAGAAGUUACAAGGGACACUAUCAAUAUCGACUACUAAAUAAAGAAACAUUUCUGUCACCCUAUUUUAAUUCAAACAACUUCAAAAUAAAAUGGUAGUAAAAUAAUUUUAGGGACUUUUUUUAGUGUGAAUAGACCAAAAAUGCUUAGAAACAGAACAUACUGAACGUACAUGUAGGGUUGUGCAAAAUAAUGUUGGAGAUUUUAAAUAUUUGUUCAUUUUUACAUCAAUAAAUGACUGUUGUAUUGUUA